AUGAAAUGAAUGAGUGAAUGGCCGACAAACAAGUGAGCUGAUCUGAUGAAGCUGAGCAAGACUCAAGUCGCGAACAAUCUGAAAGAAUAAAAAUUAAAAUCAAAAUAUCAAUUUCGGAAAUAGUGAAAUGGCAGCGGGUCCGAUCGCUGAAAGAAAUCAAGAUGCUACCAUAUAUGUGGGCGGUCUUGAUGACAGGGUCUCGGAGAGUUUACUCUGGGAACUGUUUGUGCAAGCUGGACCUGUCGUCAAUGUGCACAUGCCAAAAGAUCGUGUGACACAGACACACCAGGGCUAUGGAUUUGUUGAAUUUAUGGGAGAGGAAGAUGCUGACUAUGCCAUUAAGGUGAUGAACAUGAUCAAACUUUAUGGUAAACCAGUAAGAGUAAAUAAAGCAUCAGCACAUCAGAAGAAUCUUGACGUUGGAGCGAAUGUCUUCAUUGGGAACUUGGAUCCUGAAGUUGAUGAGAAACUUCUCUAUGACACAUUCUCUGCUUUUGGAGUUAUAUUACAGACACCUAAAGUAAUGCGGGACCCAGAAACUGGUAAUUCCAAAGCAUUUGCAUUCAUUAACUUUGCCUCGUUUGAGGCGUCUGACGCGGCAAUAGAGGCUAUGAACAACCAAUACCUAUGUAACAGGCCAAUAUCAGUAUCAUACGCUUUCAAGAAGGAUGUCAAAGGAGAGAGGCAUGGAUCUGCUGCAGAAAGAUUGCUAGCCGCACAAAACCCGCUGUCGCACGCGGAUCGUCCUCACCAGCUGUUCGCGGACGCACCACCUACUUUGAUGGGGCCAGUGCUGAUGGCGCCCCCUCCGCCCCCCACGCCGAGCCCGAUGCCCCCUGGGCCCCCCAUGCCCUCAAGAAUGCCCCCACCAUUACCAAUGCAAGCGCCACCACCGCCACCAUCAUCUAUGCCCCCGCCUGGACCACCACCGCCACCAGGGCCUCCUCCACCCCCUCCCCCCUUCCACCACUUCCCGCCUCCCCCGUUCGGGCCCCCGGGCUUCGGACCCCCUCCCCCGCCUGGCUCUCGCCCCCCACCCCCGUGGAGGCCCCCCCCGCCUCAGUUCCGGCCGCAGUUCCCUCCGCGUGGACCUCCCCCGUUUGGACAUCCCCCAUUCCCGCACCACCCGCCUGAUCCUAAUUAUAAUUAUUAAGGAAUAUAGUAUACUU